AAGUGCUUGGCAGUUGGCAUGACCUCAAACUACAUUUCCAUGCAGCUUCCUCUAAACAGAAAACACAUCUGAUCUGUGCUUUCCACAACUUUUUCUCUCCUUCUUCUCAAUUUCCUCCUCUUAUAACAUUAUAUAUACAAACCCUUCAUUUCCCGAGAGUUUUCGAAGAGUUUCAUUUUCCGUAAUGGCGACGAAAAGUGAGGUUGUAUUUGAAGAUUUUUUCCCGUCAAUGGUUGAGAAACUGGGUGCAGAUGGGUUCGUGAACGAGCUGUGUAAUGGGUUUCGCUUGUUGAUGGACUCUGAGAAGCGAGUUAUUACAUUCGAGAGCUUGAAGAAGAAUUCUGCAGUUUUAGGGUUGCAGGAAAUGAACGAUUCUGAUUUGAUUUGCAUGUUGAAUGAAGGUGAUUUGGACGGUGAUGGGUGUUUGAAUCUGAUGGAAUUUUGUGCUCUUAUGCUUAGAUUAAGUCCUGAUUUGAUGAAAAGAUCAAUGUUUUUUGUGGUUUUGCAUUAAAUUGAUGAAUUUCAUGAGAUUAUUUUGUUCACGAAUAGAUGUCAUUAGUUGUUUUUUCUUUCAUACACAUUUCUUUGUC